AUGGUGUUCAUCAAAGUUCAUCAACUUGCUUUUCUCUUUGGCCUUUUGGGAAACAUUGUGUCUUUCGGGGUUUUCUUGUCUCCAGUGCCAACGUUCUAUGGGAUAUACAAGAAGAAAUCAUCAAAAGGGUUUCAGUCGAUACCGUACAUAUGUGCACUUGCAAGUGCAACUCUUCUUCUCUUCUACGGAAUAAUGAAGACACAUGCUUAUCUCAUCAUUAGCAUCAACACCUUUGGAUGCUUCAUCGAAAUCACCUACUUGUUUCUCUAUAUCAUUUACGCACCAAGAGAGGCCAGGAUAUUCACGUUGAAGUUGAUAUUGAUAUGCAACAUUGGUGGACUUGGUAUCUUGAUCCUUCUCGUUAAUCUUUUGAUUCCAAAACAACACCGAGUCUCAACCGUUGGAUGGGUUUGUGCUGCUUACAGUCUUGCCGUCUUUGCUUCUCCCUUGAGCGUUAUGAGGAAGGUGAUAAGGACGAAGAGUGUGGAAUACAUGCCGUUUCUUCUCUCAUUGUCUCUCACUCUUAACGCCGUCAUGUGGUUCUUUUAUGGACUUCUUAUCGAGGACAAAUUCAUUGCUAUGCCGAACAUUCUUGGAUUUCUAUUCGGUAUAACUCAGAUGAUACUAUACAUGAUGUAUCACGAUUCAAAGAAAACGGAUUUACCAAAACUCACAUCUACAGAGAAUCAACCAACAAAUGAAACCAAUCUGAAUGAAGUUGCGAUCGUGGCCGUUGAAUUAUCUGAUGCUAGAGCAGAAAACGUUGAAGGAUCGGUGAGGCCUAUGAAGACUCCAAACUCAACCACCACUGCUUAAAAGGAGAAACACAACUUAUCCUUGAGUUGAGGCCUAUGAAGCCUAUGAAGACUCUUUAUCUUAUGUUAGAAAAAUAAACUUCAAAUCUUAAUGCUUAGUUGGUUUGAGUUGGUCUCACCAAACAGAUGUUCUAUCAUUUUGAUCAUAACUAAAUUUAGCCUUGAUAAAUGACAAUCUCCACUAAAGUAUCACUUUAAAUACUAUUCUAUCUGUUCC